UGUCACCGAGUGUCACGCCGCCCUCCCCGCCCCUCCGCCGGGGCUGUGGGAGCGCAGCGGAGCGCGCGGCAGAGGGCCGGGCGCUUGGGGACGCGGGAGUGCGGGGUUCUGGGCUAGCCGCGCGGCACACCGAGCACGCCGGACGCCUGAGCUCGGCGCGGAGCCCGGAGCCCGGAGCCCGGAGCCGGCCGCCACCCGCCUCCUGUGCACUGGGCGGCAGUCCCGGCCGCGGCAGCCCGGCUCCCGGGGAGCGCGCCCCGCCAUGGAGCCUUCGCACAAAGACGCCGAGACGGCGGCAGCGGCGGCGGCGGUGGCUGCGGUGGCGGCGGCGGACCGGGGGACGUCCUCGUCCAGCGGGGUGGUGGUGCAGGUCCGCGAGAAGAAGGGCCCCCUGCGCGCCGCCAUCCCCUACAUGCCCUUCCCCGUGGCCGUCAUCUGUCUCUUCCUCAACACUUUCGUGCCUGGACUGGGGACGUUCGUCUCGGCCUUCACCGUGCUGUGUGGCGCCCGCACUGACCUCCCGGACAGGCACGUGUGCUGCGUCUUCUGGCUGAACAUCGCUGCGGCCCUCAUCCAGAUGCUCACGGCCAUCGUCAUGGUGGGCUGGAUUAUGAGCAUCUUCUGGGGCAUGGACAUGGUCAUCCUCGCCAUUUCCCAAGGCUACAAGGAGCAGGGCAUCCCACAGCAGCUGUGAGCCCGGGCGAGCCACUGAGAAGCCCGGUGUCCCGGAGGGCCACGUCAGGCAGAGGCGGGCACGGGGUCUUCACAUGUUGUCUUCUGCUGCUUCCCGGGUUUGGAGUGGAAAGAGGGGACUUAAAAAUAUUAUUUAUUUUGAAAACGCAUCUGCUUCUCUCAGCAGGCUCUAAGGGCUACCAGCUCCUCCCGCUGCUCCAGAAAGCCCUGUAGUGCAGACACGCAGAGCAUCUGGGUUGGGUGGGGAGUGGGAUGGAGAUGGGAAUGCCUAGAGAGAGGCAGGAGCGCCCCGGCUCGGCCCGCUUCGCGUCACCCACCGCCCACUGCGAGGGCGCGAGGGGCCGCCAGUCCAGGCAGCAGUGGCCCUGUCCAGACGAGCAGGGCUCGUCAAGGGGCAGGACUGCAGUGGACACCUCCUCCGGGUCCCCAGCCCCUGCCAGAUUGGUCUCCUGGGGGCAGCGGGAGUGAGGAUGGACAGACCCCAGCCCAGUGUGGAAAGGCCUGCUGUGCCCUCAGCUGUCAGGGGGACAGAUCUCCGCAGGUGUCUGCUGACCCUAAUCGCAGCCCUCACCUCCUUGCCCCUGAAAUCUCCAGGCCUGGGUGUGUUUGACCUUUGUUUCCCUGGGAAGGAGGGCAGUGUCUCCGUUCCCGGGGCGAAACUGCUGGAAUUGCCCGAUGUUCAUACACUAAUUUACCAACCCAGGUUUGCAUGGGCAGCCUUUCCCGUUAUACUUAACACCAUUUGGGGUCCACACUCCUUUUUCUGAAAUCCUUGGGGCCGAAUGGGUCUCUGACAUGACAAAUUUUGGAUCUGAGGAGGAGAAUAAGAGAUAUUUGCCAUACAUUUCCUUACAGCCCGGCAGAGUCUGGAACAGCUCACCACCAUCAAACACGUGACCAUUUCUGCAAAGAAACAUGUGAAUAGUCAGACUAAUUAGGAUCAAUAAAACUGUAAAUAGCCUUACCUCA